AUGGGAACUUGGAACGAUGGAGUCUGGGAAUGGAAUCUUGAGUGGAGAAGAAUCCUGCUUGAUAGAGAGAAAGACCAAGUUUCUACCCUCCUGUCUUUUAUCAACAAUUUUAAGUUGGUGAUGGGGAAACCGGAUGGUUGGAAAUGGAAACUUUCGUCGGAUGGUUGUUUCACUGUUAAGUCGGCAUUCAAGGCAAUUUGCGACGGGGUUUGUGCCCCCCAACAGAAGAAUCCUGCCUUAUCUUCCAUCUGGAAAGCCCCGGCUACACACAAGGCUAAAGUGAUUGCUUGGAGGAUGCUGUGUGGAAGAAUGGCGACGAUCGACAAUCUCUUGAAGAGGCAGGUUCCUAUCCCGAACUCGGAGACUGCUUGUAAACUCUGUUACCUUGAGGAUGAAGACACAUAG